GGUGGGUGGUCGGACCAAGCAAUUGUGGCGCAAUUCAGAAUUGCUGGAAGCUUGUCAUGAACAGGUGAUGGCGCCAAAACGCCGACAUUGACAGUGAAAGUACGUGGUGGUCGUCUGCUUGAUCCUUCCGUGAUAAUACUUGAUUCCUUCAUUUCUUUCUUCGUUGACGAUUUGAAAACAAGCCUGUACCAAGGUCCAAGGUCAUUGAAUGUACAAGGAAGACACUCUGUUUCUCAGUGUGGCGAGCGCCAAGGAUUCAAGCUCAAAAUUGUGGGAGCUGCGUGAAGGUAGUUGUUUCAUCAAGCUACCAAUCGAUGCCCCAUCUAAGGUUUGCUUCACAAGUUCCUUCAACUACUUCAGCAAGGAGCUUGCAGAUUGCUUUACCUUAGAGAGUUCUGCUUUGUCCUAGCUGAACUCAGAGCUUAACUCAGAGCUCUUUCUGGUGAACCUACAUUCUUUAGAGUCACUGGGUGUUCAGCACAAAGAGGAGCAGGACGAGGAAGCAUGGCGGACAUGCCAGCUGCAAUCAUGCAGCAGGUGAUUGAGAACCAGGUUCUCACUGCUGCCAAAGCUGUUGAAGAACACCUAGACGCGCAGCUCGACCGGCUGGACAAACUCGAUGAGGACGACAUAGAAGCGAUAAGAGAGCGGCGGCUGGCGGAGAUGAAAAGGCUGGCUGCAAAGAAACAAGAGUGGGCAGCAAAAGGUCACGGGGACUAUCGGGAGAUCCCCACUGAGAAGGACUUCUUCAGCGAAUCAAAGUCGAGCGAGCGGGUUGUGUGCCAUUUCUACAGGGAGAACUGGCCUUGCAAGGUUGUAGACAAGCACCUGUCCAUUCUCGCAAAGGAGCACCUCGAGACCAAGUUCGUAAAGCUCGACGCCGAGAAGAGCCCCUUCCUCUGCGAGCGGCUGCGGAUCUUCAUGCUUCCCACGAUUGCAAUCAUCAAGAACGGCAAGGCAGAGGACUACGUUGUCGGGUUUGACGAGCUAGGCGGGUCAGAUGAUUUCGGAACCGAGGUUUUGGAGGAGAGGUUAGCACGGACUGGGGUUAUCUUUGCAGACGGUCUGGGUGGGGAUGGUGCUAGCAGGAGGAAAGCGAAGGGGCCGUCGGAAGAGAAGCGGUCAAUCAGAAAGGGGGGAGCCAGGGAUGAUGGUUCGGACGAUGAUGACGAAUAGAGAGGUAACGAUUUGUACAGCUUCACAUGCCAACGCGUCAUGGCAAGCCUUCGCGCAUCUGGUUGUGUACGGUCAUCUGACAUGUUGUGGGGCACUGUUUGUUGAUUACGCAGUCAUACGAAAUUGCGUUCUCUGGCUUGUAAGCCGCAGUGGGGUUCGGUCGUUUCAAACAAGUUUCAUACACUCUAAGUUAACAACGAAUUUGCGCCAAAGCGGCGGCCGGGCAGGCCCGGGUGCACCUGCUGGCCACCCUACACCUAGUCCACUGAGCUCGUCAGUAAGUGCCGCCGCAAAAAGACAAUUGCAAGCUCAUUAACC